AGUGAAGAAAUACUAUAGAGUGCUGUGUUUCAGAACUGGAUUUCAUUAUAGAUAAAAGUAUAACUCAAUCGUUAUAAAUUGACUAGAUAGAAAAAAAAGGUUGCUAUAGUAAUUAAUAUUUGUUUUUUCUUAUAUUUUUCAGCUUGAAGAAGAAAAAACAAAUACUUUGAGACUGUUUAGUUCCAACAAAAUCCGUUUGCAUUGCAAUUCUAUUAGUUCAUAGUUCUAUUGACAACAAAGUGACAGCCUGACAAUUUCUCGGUUUUUGGUUAUGUUACCGUUUACCGAACCGAAGAACAAUAGUAUAAAGUGAGUUUGGUGGUUUAUAUAAUUAUUUGUUUAAAAUGACAGACGCUCGGAAAAACCGUGGUUUAAAUUUUACUCCGAGGGAAAGAAACUUAUUAGUGAAAUUAGCUAUAGCAAAAGUUGACAUUGUGGAGAAUAAAAAAACUGAUAGUGUUUCGAUAAGAAAAAAGGGGUUAGCUUGGAUGGAAGUGGCUGAAGAGUUCAACAAACAUGUCCUAAUGAGUGAGAGAACAGUUAAACAAUUGAGAAAUUGCUAUGAGAAUAUUAAACGUCGUUAUAAGAAAAAAAUGCUUGAUAAAACUGGAACUUUCCAUGUGUUUGCAGAUGGUGAAGUAGCUACAAGUUUGGACGAGGAAACUGAAAACAAGCUUUUGGCUAUUAUAAAUGAAUCCCUUACGGACCCUUCACAUAAAAUUUAUGGAAGUGAAUCGUCAAAUCAUGGCGACGAUGAUGAAAUAGACGGUGAAGUGAUGAACGAUAAAAAUGGUAUAAUGUUGUUGGAAACCGUAACGCCAAUUGUAACAGUUGUAGGAGAAAAUGAGAUGCAUGUACCCUCAACCUCACCCUCACCGUCGCAUCCGAAUUGGAGGGAGCGAAAUAGGCGAAAGAAACUUCUAAAAGCGGCCAAAUCUCGAGACAGCAUGGCGUCGUUGAUCAAUGAGCGGCGAAGAGUCCUGCAGGAAAAAUUGGACAUGCUGCGCGAAAAACACGCCAAAGAAAUGCUCAUUUUGGAAAUUAAAAAAGACAACGAAGAAGAGAUGGUUCGAGAAAAGCACAUGGAAGAAAUGUUCAUUUUGAAAAUGAAAAGAGAGAAUGAGGAGAAAAUGCUGCGAGAGAAGCAUGUUGAAGAGAUGCUGAUUUUGAAAAUGAAGAAAGAAAAUGAACAACAGAUGCUCAAAGAAAGGCAUGCCGAAGAAAUGCUAAUCUUGAAAAUGAAGAAAGAGAACGAGUUACUCAGGAGAAAAGCGUUAGAAUCCCAAAUAGAAUUUUAUAAAACAGAAAAUGUGUAAUUUUUCGGACUUUUAUAACUGUUAUUGUUUUGUUAUUUUAUUGUGACUUAUUAGGAUAUUAGAAAAUAUUAUUCCUUAUUAUUUCUUGAGUGGGCUGUCCUUAUGGCUUAUUUUUUACCUAUAUUUAAUAGUUUAUUCUUCUUUAUUGUAAUAUUUUGGCCUGUUUCUAUUUUCCAAAGAUUGAAUAUUUCUUAUAAUAAAACAACCAACUUUUAUAGCUUUAAAAUAUAAACUUUUAUAACUGUUA